GAAGGUUGCAAAUAAUCUCCUCAAUUUACUUGCAAGUCGAGUAACCAUGGCAACCACAACCCAUUUCUAUCUUGUCUUCACUCUUUUUCUUUCUGUUUCAAUUUCUGUUCGGGGUAAUGGUUUUAGUGUUAAUCUAAUUCAUCGUGAUUCUCCUCAAUCUCCGUUCUAUAACCCCUUAGACGCCUUAUCUGAUCGAAUGCAAAAGGCUGCUCGUCGUUCAAUCAACCGUGCAAACCACUUAAAGAAAUUGUCAUCAUCAACCUAUUCUGCUAACUACGCGGAUGGUACAAUUAGUACAAGUUCGUGUGUUGUUGGUAUUGAUUACGUAAUGAAUAUUUCAGUUGGAACUCCACCGCGUAAUGUACUCGUCAUUGACGAUACCGGAACUUGCAAAAGACUUGUUGAGGAACGUAAGGACACUUGUGAAAAUAAUCUUUGUGAGUAUUUUGCCAGUUAUGAAGAUGGUGAUAAUAGUACUGGAAACCUCGCACUUGAAACUCUAACAUUUGCUUCAACAAAUGGUCGAUCAGUUCAACUUCCAAACAUUGCCUUUGGUUGUGGUCAUAAUAUGGGUGGAUCCUUGAACGAAAUGGUGUCUGGGUUAGUUGGUCUUGGCGGCGGUGAGUUUUCCUUGAUUUCGCAGUUGGGCUCAAAAAUUGAGUCAAAAUUCUCGUACUGUUUAGUUCCUCUAUAUAGUGUUUCAAGUAAGUUCAUAUUUGGUAGUAAUGCUGAAAUGACAGGAAAAGAUGUUGUUUCAACUCCAUUAAUAUCAGAACCAUCACGAAAAACAUUUUAUUAUCUAAAACUUGAAGGUAUUAGUGUUAAUAAAAACAUGGUUCCGUUCAGAAGCAGCGCAUCCUCAACAACGGAAGACGAUUACAUUAUAAUCGAUUCUGGAACUACUUUCACAUAUCUUCCACAAGAAAUGUAUUCAGAACUUGAAUCUGAAAUUAAGAAAGCGAUCAAUGUUGAACCCAUUAUUGGUCCUACAGGACUCGAUUUAUGUUACCCAUUCGAUGGAUCCAUGAGAUUUCCGGAUGUAACUGUUCAUUUUACCAAUGCGGACAUUAAACUUGAGCGGGAGAAUUAUUUUGUUCCUGUUGGCAACAAUGUUGUUUGUUUAACUUUCGCUCCUUCGGAUUUUGGUGCAUAUAUUUAUGGGAGCUUAUCUCAGAUCAAUUUCCUUAUUGAAUACGCUCUUGAGGAGAAGAAGGUUUAUUUCAAGCCAACUGAUUGCACCAAGCAGGGCUAAUUAAUAUUUCGUUACACGGUUGUACGUCAUUACUAGAUAUCUUAUUAUUUUGUUGCUCAGAAGACCAUAAAAUAUUGUUUAUGGAGGAGGCUCUCAUACUCGAGGUAAGAUGUUAGAAUUUCUGUGAUUCCGCGAUAAACUAUAAGCUUGGUGUGUGUUUUAGAGUUUUCCUGCGUGAGAUUUGUAAGUUGUCAUUGUGUGGGUGUUAUUAAUUGCAUUAUGUGGCUGAUAGUUACGUGUUGCAGUGUCUUUUUUUCUUCUUUUUGUUUUCAAUGGAACUUGUUAUAAUUGUCCUUUGUUGUGAUUUAAUGUAUGCUGUUUGACACCUGAUGUUUUUCACUAGAUGACAUGGAUUUUGUACCAGUUCGAGUGUGCCAUGUGCUGUGUUGGACAUGGAUCCCAUGAGCCCAUGACACAUUUUAACUGGUACGAAAGCCUUGACACAUUUAGGUCAGGUGUCUAACGGUAACACAUGCCAAUAAUGUAAGUUUUUUAGAACUUCAAAGUUUAGAGUACCUACUUAGCCAGAAGGUUUGACAA